AUGCAGCAGACGAUCAGCCACGCAGGACAGCAACCCCCAAUCGUAUCCUCGUUGAGCCUUAGCGUGCUCGACCGGCAGACCAACGGCCUAGCUCUGUCCAGGCAGCCGCACGAGACCAAGGGUGAACGGAGAAAUCUGGAGCAGCAGGAAGGGGGGGUCCUAAAGCGAAGGCCGACAAGACGCCAGAGACGACUCGUCCUCGGCUGGCGUGCUCUGCUCGUAUUGGGCGGCUUCGGAGUGAGGCUGCCGGUGUGGCCCUCUGGGGGAACAGAGAGCACAGAGCACACAGCGACUUAG